AUGGACCGAACGCCUAUUUUCAUGGACCAUUCCCUACUAGACCAUUUGAACCAACAAUCUACAUUGCUUGGUUUUGGUGCCUUGUUCAAAGAGUGCCAAGUUCCAGAGGUUGGAAACGAGAAGGAAGUUUUCUUUUCCGAUUACUGCACCGACCAAAUGGAAAGAAAGAAACAAGAGGGAGUUGUUGCUUCAACUAAGGUUUGUCUUUGCGACGACUGCAAGGACAAGUACGAAUCGCCUCAAACAACAAGUGUUGCCAGGAGGAGGAGUGGUAUUGCCCGAGUGGUCGAUCGAUCAGCUGCACAGCCUUUACCCCAGCAGCAUAUGCAACAACAAGCAGCAGAUCACAGCACAUUAUUGCAAUGUCAGGCCAUUUCACCUCCUGUGCUUCCAACAAUCCAACUUUCAAUCCUGUUCAUGCUGCAACGGCCAGUGUUUUUUUUACUCCAAAUCAAUUUGCCUUGA